AUGGAUCAAAUCGAUGUUCCAUGUCAUUUUCUUUGCCCAAUUUCCCUUCAACUCAUGAAAGAUCCGGUUACAAUCUCAACUGGGAUCACCUAUGAUAGAGAGAACAUUGAGAGGUGGUUAUUUUCAUGCAAAAACAACACUUGCCCUGUCACAAAGCAAAAGUUGUUUGCUGAAGAUCUAAUCCCAAACCACACUCUUCGUCGAUUGAUCCAAGCAUGGUGCACCCUCAAUGCCUCCUCCGGAAUCGAGAGAAUCCCAACUCCAAAGCCACUCAUUGACAGAGCCCAGAUCGCCAAACUCCUUAAUGAUGCUAAGAAAUCUCCACACUUGCAGCUCAAGAGUCUACGGAGGCUUAGAUCCAUCACGCUGGAAAGCGAAAGGAACAGAAGCUGUCUAGAGCAAGCUGGUGCAGUUGGUUUCUUGGCUUCAAUCUUAAAAAAUAGUGAUUCUACUUCAGUUGACAUAGCUAGUGAUGAUGAUGAGUCUGAGUUCACAAGAGCAAGUGAUGAAGCAUUGAACAUUCUUUAUCAUCUCAAAAUAUCACAGAAUCAAUUAAAGAAUCUUAUAACCAAUGAUGGUGAUCAGUUUCUAGAGUCGUUACUGCAAAUCUUCAAACAUAGUAGCUAUCAAUCUAGAGCUUAUGCAACAAUGUUAUUGAAGUCUGUUUUCGAAGUGGCAGAUCCGAUGCAUUUGAUUAGUAUCAGACCGGAAAUGUUUGUUGAAUUGGUACGUGUACUUAAGGAUCAGAUCUCACAAAAAGCCUCAAAGGUAGCAUUGAAGCUUCUUGUGGAGGUUUGUCCAUGGGGAAGAAACCGAAUCAAAGCUGUCGAAGGUGGCGCAGUUUCGGUCUUGAUAGAGCUUCUUCUUGAUGCAUCAGACAAGAGAGCUUGUGAACUUAUUCUAGCUGUUUUGGAUCUGCUUUGUGGUUGUGCUGAGGGACGAGCAGAGUUAUUGAAGCAUGGGGCAGGACUGGCAGUUGUUUCCAAGAAAAUACUUAGGGUUUCUCACGUUGCAAGUGAUAAGGCAGUGAGAAUUCUGUGCUCCAUUUGUAGAUUUUCAGCAACUUCUAGGGUUCUUCAAGAAAUGUUGCAGGUUGGUGUUGUGGCCAAGCUGUGCUUGGUUUUGCAAGUGGAUAGUAGCUUGAAGAGCAAGGAGAGAGCUAGAGAGAUCCUCAAGUUGCACUCCAAGGUUUGGAGGAGUUCUGCUUGCAUUCCUGCUAAUUUGAUGUCUACUUAUCCAUCUUGCUGA